UGUUCUCGAUGGACAGCGGCACUUCCACGGUCUCGUGGAUUCCAUCCUCUACAACCUCCAAACCAACUUCUCUUGUCAAAUCUCCGUCUAUCCCCAUGCUUCUCCUUUCUGAGAUGCCCCUCGUCCCCCAAGUCUAGCCUGCCUAGGCGUGUCUGCUUUUACUAGGCAGAGCUGGACGGUCGGCAAGAAGCACGACUGGCAAGCCGGGCUGAAGGGAGGGGGGCGGGGGCGCGAGAGCGUUGGCAGAGAUCUCGCGAGGUUUCCGGACACUCCCCGAACGGGCGGGAGAAAGAGCCUGAGGCAGCGGCGGGUGCGUGAUGCGGUCCGAGAAGGAGGCAGCCAGCGGGGCCGGGGGCUCUGGCGUCGGCGGGGCCGGGCGGGGAUCGGGCGGCAAGGAGAAGCCGCCAUUGCCGCCACCACCACCACCUCCGCCUCCACCCCUGCCACCGCCACCGGCAUCUUCCCGCGGAGGGACAGCGAUGGAGAUCCAGUUCCGCCGCGAGUCGCCCCGACGCGAAGUGGAAACGCCGCCGACCGCCGUCUCGGCCUCGGGCUGCGGGGGUGGUGGAAGCAGCGGCGGCGGCGGCGGGGGAGGCAGUGGCGGCGGAGGAAGCGGCAGCAAGCCGCGGGAGGAGAAGAAAACGGUUCUGAGCAAGGUAGUUAUUCGUCGACUUCCUCCCAGUCUAACCAAGGAGCAGCUAGAGGAACAGUUACAUCCACUUCCUGCUCAUGAUUACUUUGAAUUUUGUACAGCUGAUCCCAGUCUUUAUCCUCAUCUUUACUCAAGAGCAUACAUUAAUUUUCGAAAUCCUGAUGACAUCCUUCUUUUUAGAGACCGUUUUGAUGGCUAUGUCUUCAUUGAUAGUAAAGGUCUGGAAUAUCCUGCUGUAGUAGAAUUUGCUCCAUAAAAGAUUUCCAAAAAGAAAUUAAAGAAAAAAGAUGCCAAAGCAGGGAGCAUUGAAGAAGAUCCAGAAUAUAGGAAGUUUCUAGAAACCUAUUGUGUUGAGGAGGAGAAAAUAAGUGCCAAUCCUGAAACUCUUUUGGGAGAGAUUGAGGCAAAGACACGGGAACUCAUUGCUAGAAGAACAACACCUCUUUUGGAAUAUAUUAAAAAUAGAAAAUUAGAAAAGCAGAGAAUUCGAGAAGAAAAAAGGGAAGAACGAAGGAGGAGGGAAUUAGAAAAGAAACGCUUGAGAGAAGAAGAGAAAAGAAAACGCAGAGAAGAGGAAAGACGUAAGAGAAAAGAAGCUGAAAAACAAAAGAAAAUUGCUGAGAAAGAGAUAAGAAUCAAGCUUCUUAAAAAACCUGAAAAGGGAGAAGAACCAGCAGUGGAGAAGCAAAAAGAAAAAGGAGAGGAAGCUGAUAUUGAAGAAGGAAAAUGGGAAAAAUCUUCUAGCUCUGGAAGCAUAAAAUCCAAAUCCUUGGAAAGUUCACUGAAGGAACUCAAGGAAAAGUCACAAAAUGACAGUGAUAAAGAACAAAGGGAUAUGGAUAGAAGAUUUCGAGAAAAAGAACCCGAAAGACCAAGGUAUCGCUUGGACGAUGGCAGAAAACAUAGAACUCACUAUGAGUUUGACAAGUUUUUGAGAAGGAACGAAGAAGAGCUGAAAUGGGGCAAAGGAUACAACCAAGACAGAGGGAAGAAAGGGAACCACAGCUACAGCUUCACUGUGGAGGCAGUAGACAAACUGGGUAAAGAGGACAAGUGUGAUGACAUGGCAUCCAAAAAGGAGCGCAUAAGAAAUAAGGAUCGUCCAGCCAUGCAGUUAUACCAACCAGGAGCUCGCAUUCGAACACGUACGGGCUCUACAAGUAAAACUCCUGACUGCACUACAAAGUCCUCUGAAGAAGCUUGUGAUAGAAAAAGUGAGGCAGAGAAUCCAGCAGGAGCUGCUUCUGAGAAGCCUGAAGAGGCAGAGUAAACUACCAUGUGAGGCAGCUUUGUCACGGUGAUGAACAAAUUUCAUUCUUAUGUAGUUAGAAAAGGGCACUAGAAGUGAUUCCAGUGAAAUAAGCCAAAACCCAUAAAAAAGGCAUCUAGUAAUCAUCCUCUAUGACAAAGAUGUACUUUUUGUCCAGUUCUGGACUGGUGUUUUCUUAAGUUUACUCUGCUAGUGUGAACUAGUAUUUAUUUAGCUAAAAGAGAGAAAAUUAUCUCCUUCAGAAAAUAUUAUGUCAAGAAGAAUGAAGAAAAUUAGUGUUGCAUCAGUUUGAAAUCUGAGGCACUUUAAAUAUGUUCUGUGAAUAACAAUAACUUCAUUGUUUGCACAUUUGUGACAACAUGACAUGUUGAUACCAGUACCUCAUUGUGUUUGUGUUAGUUUUCUAAAUUCUCUAGUUUCGGGUAAGUGUGACACAAAGUUUCCAGUUCUUGUAUUGUUGUGGAAUCUGUAAUUCAGCCACUUUUGCCUUUUAUGUUGUAAAUAUUUCCUAAGUUUUGACAUUUACAUUUUAAAACAAAUCAAUCUAACAUAAAUCUCAGCACUUCAGCAGUAUGAUACCUGAUUUUAUUUAUUUUAUGUUUGGGGCACUUACUUAAAGAGAUGAUUUGAUAAAAAACUUAUGAACACAUAUGUUCGUGCUUUACAUAUACUUUGGUUGUAGGAUCUACCCAAAGUUAUAAAAUUUGGGGGAAGGGAAAGGUAGGAAUUAGAUGUGGCUGCUCUAUUAAUUCAUUUUGCAGUUUUUAGAUAUUUUUAAUGCACUGUGUCUUUUUUCAAUUGUCUGAAACUAUGAACUACAGUAUUUUGUCCUUUUAGCUAAAUCUAAAAAUGUUAGUUUAUCUUUAGCACUGUGCAUUGAAUGUUUUAUUAAAUAUGACAUUUUAGUGUUAUA